GCAACAGUACUUAUUUGAACAGCAGUGAGUGCAACAGUACUCAUGGGAACAGUGCUGAUACAACAACAACAGACAUAGGGCAGUGUGGCACAAAUAUUAGUCUGUACAGAACCUGUGUUUCCAACACAUGCAGACAGAGAUGUGGAGAGAGAAGCAAUUAUGUGUCCUCUUAUAAUACAAGUUUAUGCUCAUGUGAUGAAUUUUGCUCUGUAUAUGGAGACUGCUGUAGCGACAUCACAUCAGAGUGUGGCAAUUUCAGUCAACACUAUAAAAGAAACAAUGGCGAGCUUUUCAAACUGACAUCACAUGAUUUCUCCUGUAUGCAGAUCUCAAGUGAAAAGUUUGCAUUUAUGAAACAUACUUGUAAGCCAAGCUACAGAAAUGAGUCUGUAAUGAGCAAAUGCUAUAUGAACUCAGGAUUUGAGGGAAUAAUACCAGUGACAGAUCAUAUCACAAAGAUUGUAUAUCCAAAUGUUUUCUGUGCUUUGUGUAACGGUGUGAAAGAAAUGGCACUUUGGGAGGUAAGUGUUACUUGCAAACGUAUGAAACAAUUGCCUAAUAACGGACUCACUUGGAACAAUAUUCUAUUAUCAUUGUACAAGUUAAAAGGCCGGAUAAGUAGUAAUCCAUGUGACAUAACCUCUCGACCACCUAAAGCUAUUGGUACAGCGCCAGCUGAUUGUACUCCAAUAGAUUCUACAUGUUCCAAAUCCUGUAAAGACUCCAAGAUCAUUGAAGAUUGCGAAGGAGGUGAAUUCAACCCACAAUAUACCUUGUUCACAAUUGUGAGGAACAAACACUGCAUGCAGUGUAAAAACCUGCGAAACAUCCAAAGCUGUCAAGAUGGAAUGUUCAAGGGCGCCAAAGAAGACUUUGGUCAAUUCUCAUAUAUGUUACUUUGUGAUGUACUUAAUGGGACAGUUAUGAAUGUACAUUUAAAAUCAAAAUUUGGAGUUGGAAAAAUCAGUGCUGCGGCAGAGGUAAACCAUGGCAAGGUGCGUUUGCUUAAAUGUGAAGCACCGUUUAUUUUCAUUAACGGUAAAUGUGAGCUUAAAGGAAUAGAUAUAAUGGUCAGAUGCUCUUACAACAUAAAUCUAAUGAGCACCGCAAUCCUAACUCAGGAUGAAAUAUACAGAAUCAAAGCCGUCAUUGUUGAAAUGUAUGAACCCAUUGGCUAUAUCAUACACAGAAUUUCCAGAAACAACAUGCAAUUGAUCCUGCAGUGGAUCGUCAACCUGCCAAAUGAUGACCAACCCUGGAGGUUGAUGCUGUCAGAAAGUGAGAAGGAGUUUUUGAGAUCUUUGAAACUGAUUUUACAAGAUGUUGAACAAAAUGAAUGUGCCUACCGCAGGAGGGAGGACAAGACAGUAAGUAAAUCAAACAACAUGUCACAUAACAAUGAGACAGCAAAUGCCCAAGCUACUGGCAACACUGGAGGGUCUGGCAGAAUAAACAGUUCAGUAGUUGGGAAUAGUUUCCUGAAACUAACAAUGAUUCUAAUAUGGACAGUAUGGUGAUAUCUAUGUUUUUCUCCUGAAAAUGAACUGUGGAAUCUCAAAUAAUUUCUCGUAGCAUUGUCAAGGAACACUACCAUGCAGAGUGACACAAAAUAGCAACCCUCUUAUUUUGGAAUCUUAAAAAAAAAUUAUGAUAGAAUCUUCUUUAUUUUAAGUGUAGAUUUUAAAAGUAGUGUUCAAUGCAUGAACAGCUUUGUCCAUGUAGCCAUGCUUUUGUGUAAAAUCUUCAAAAACAUUCAAAACAAAAAUAUAAUUUUCUAGAUUUCUGAAUUUCUGUCUUUGCCAUUAUUUAAGCAUAUAGGUGAAGUUUUUCUCUAUCUGACAUGUUAUCUGACCCGAAUUAACCAUCCGGUGGCAAAACUACGUACUGGCUCUUAAGGGAUUGAGAAAGCUAUUCCAAAAUCAAAGGGCUGUAUUUUUGUGUUACCUUGUACUGGUGCAUUCUUUAUCUUUAUGAUGAGUUAUACUUUAGAUUUGGAAAAAGUAGCUUUAUACUUAAAUACUCAUAACAUAUCUCUAAUAUCUUAUUUUCUAAUAUUUUUACCUGAUAUUUAUUACAAGCUUGUAGUAUGUAUUCUAUUUCCGGGUUAAUUUUGAGUGAUUACUAUUACAUUUUAGUUGCAUCAUGGUUGCUAUGGUAACAUGGACAAUAGUGCCCUGGACAGGAUCAAAUCGUUAAUAAGAGCUGGAUUUCAAUGCUUUAUCUGGUUUUACAAAUGUUUACUCAUAAAGUAUGAUAUUUCGAAAUAUGAUCUUAUAACUUCAAAAUAUCUCUGUCUCUACUCUGUUUUUAAUAAACUUCAUAUUAUUUUUGCCCAUUAUUCUUUUAUCAUUUUUAC